ACUUCCUUUUCCCUGUCACACUAAUCGGGGCUUUCUUCAUUUCCUCCUCUUCUCUCUCUCUUUCUGUAGGUGUAUGAGAUCAUGAGAGAGCGAGAUAGAGACAGAGAUCAUUUCACCAUGGACGUACGCUGUAGUUCCAUCCUUUCCUUUUGGCUCUCCUUCCAUCUUCUAACAGGCAGUGAAUGCGCUGGCAGGACGGUGCAUGGGCACGUUGGACAGAACGUGGUCCUCCCUUGCAGGUACGACAUAGGCUACCAUGGAGAGCUACACUCGUGCUGGGGCAGAGGGGAAGUACCGAAUUCCGGCUGCAGCAAUGAGGUCAUCGCGAGCGACGGGUCCGAAGUGACGAGCAGCGCAUCGAAGCGGUAUCAGUUAGCGGGCGCACUGGAGCAGGGCGACGUCUCCUUGACGAUCGUUGGCGCUGAAGAGAGUGACGCCGGUGUAUAUGGCUGCCGCGUGCACAUAAUAGGGCCGUUUAACGACCAGAAGGAAACGGUAAACCUGGUCAUUACCCGAGCACCAGAGCCAACAAAAAAUGCACCAGAGUGGCCAACCAACGUGACUGAGCAGGCGUCUAAAACGACGUGGACACCACACGCUCACACGCAAGGUGAUGAGAGUGCCAAUUCCACAGAAAGUUCUGAUGCAGCGGUACCCCAGAACAGCGAAGAGCCUCAGCCGGAUGGGAUCCAGCUCGCGGUGCUGCUGCCUGUGGUGCUGCUGCUGCUGCUCUCCCUGAUAAUCGUGUUUCUGCUCUUCAUGAGAAAACGGUGGAAGAAAGCCAGCGAGAUGCUUGGAAUAUCAGAGCAGCCCGGCACUGGGGUCCUCUACAGGAACUCAGAGUCCAGCCUGGGCCUCCACUCCAGGGAGAUGGCGGUGGAGAAUAUCUAUCAGAUGGAUGAAGGAGACGACUAUUAAACGUGCCCUUGAACCUUGGCUGAAGCAAGUCCACCCCCUUCCCCCCGGUUACCUUCCACCCAUCCUAGGCCACGCCCCUUUCCUGCACCAACAACAAAUCAAAAUGGCGUAAUUGCCUAUACAUCAGGAAGGGACCCUGAAUCUCAGAGAACUACAGCAGCCUGAGAGAUCUACAACACUUUGCUUUUUUUUUUUUUUGAGGGUCUCAAAUACUUUGGCUUAAUCCGCAAAUGGUGCUGAAGCCUUUGUUGACUCUAAAUAGAUUGUUGGGCGUGUUCCAGACAUUCAAGGAACUAAUAACCACACCAGGAGGAUCCAGGAAAGACUACAAGGCCACCUCCCAACAGCUUGGAUUUUGUGCCACAGGAGUAAAUAAGAGCCUCUAGGUUAGAUGCCUGUUUUGAAUUUUCUUAUCUCACAGCUGAUUGGCUAAAGUGGUUGUGAUGCUGUAUAACUUUAUUGUUUCUGUGUUGAACAGACACUUAGCACAGAUGUAGAAUGACAGCACUUUGUUGGAAGUCAGUGUGGUGGUUACUGUGCUGACUGGAUGAGAUUAGGAUGGGGAAAAGUAUGCAUUCAAAUAUUAGAGACGUUUUUCAGUGUACAUAAUACAAAUUAUUUCUAAUGAAGUGUGUGAUUAUAGCAAUGACUAAUAUGAUAAAUUAUCUAUGUAUAUACUGUAUAUUGAUGUGAUUUUACUUAAUGGAUCUGCUCAGCAUAGGUACAUUGGCUGAGAACCUAAAAACAAUUAAAGUAACUAUAUACUGUGAUUGCAAAUUUUUGACAUGUUGAAUUCAUCCUCGGCAAAUUCAAGGGCGUUCUCACUGAGCGCACUGAAAUGAGGGCUCAGGUUGUUCACCUUUGAUGUACUUAAACACAAAAUUUACAAUAAAGAUUUUAAAAUUCAA